AUGAAGAAACAUGAUCAAAUGGAUUCAAAGUACAAUGCACGAAGUGAUGUAGCUGGUGCGUUAUGUACCGUGUGUGGUGACAGAGCCUCUGGCAGACACUAUGGCGCAAUUAGCUGUGAAGGCUGCAAAGGAUUCUUUAAACGCUCCAUUCGUAGGCGGCUCAAUACCUCGUACACGUGUCGGGGCAACAUGAACUGUGAGGUCACGAUACAUCAUCGGACCAGAUGUCAGGCUUGUCGCUUGCGGAAGUGUCUGGAUAGUGGGAUGAGAAGUGACUCGGUUCAACACGAGCGGAAGCCGCUCGUGGACAAGUCAAGGGGCGAUGAGCGCCAGCCUUCCGCCUACUCCAACCCUUUGAGGCUGGCUCCGAGGAAGCGCUCGCAGUUAAGUACCAAAGAUGAAGCAAACGACGCGUUUGGCGCCGUCACACCCGCUACACCAGCGUUCAACUUAGCGCUGGCUGCAGCAAUGAUCUUAAAUCAAGGUAGUUCUGACAGUGCGUGUGACGUGCUGAGUACUCCGGAGAGCGUUCAGCUACCGCUGAGUGUGCCCGUCUGCCCGAACCCUGCGCUGCGCUUACACGCCACCUGCGAGAGCGCCUCGCGCCUGUUCGCCUCGUUGGUGCGCUGGGCGCUCGCGUUGCCACACUUCGCCGCCAUGCCGUUUGACAUCCAGACGGACCUGCUCCGCAAGUGCUGGCCGGAGUUGUUCGUGCUGGGGCUCGCUCGCUGGGCGGCGCCCAUGGAGCUGAGCACCAUGCUGCCCAUGCUGAUGACGAAUCUGCAGGCUGAGCUGUGGGAGCGCAAGGAACGGCCCGCGCCCCGCCCGCCGCCGCCCUCCACUGAGGAGAUCACAAUAGAAGACUACUCAGAUGAACGCAUCACUGAAGUGUUAGACCUAAUGGAUCGUCUGCAGAAGUUUAUAGCGUACAUGGAACAACUGCAGAUUUCAGACCGCGAACACGCAUAUCUACGUGCUCUGUGUCUCUUCUCCCCAGAUGGUGCACCAGAAUUCCUAAUCCAAAAACUCGAAGAGCUACAGUCUAAAGUGAUGCAUUCUCUGAAGACAAUUUGCCGAAUCAACGAAGAUAGACUUGAGAAAAUAAUGCUAAAGCUGCUCAAUCUUCGUAACUUUACUGGGAGCUUUCUCGAAGAUGUGUUCUUUGUCGGUUUCCUUGGCGACAUAUGUAUGGAUGACGCUAUACCGUAUUUACUUUCUGGUGAACGUUAAUAUAUCCUUAAUGUUAAGCUAAAAUAAGGCUUACACGCUAUGGUCUA